GCACCGGGAAGGCAGAAUGACGGUCAGUACGGGUAUGCAGCAACAAAUUACCCAUACUGUCAAGGACCGAUGCAUGUUGAAGUGCCACCGAAGGGCGCCUCGGACAAAGUGAAGGAAGGCCUACAUCAAGUGAAGCUGGUUUCCCAAUGUGGGGUUUCACGCUCCUAGUUGAAGACGCCCGUGUUUCGUGUGUUGUGAUUUUCUUCGCCCCGGAAUUACUUUUAAAUACUUGUGUUGGGGACUUAACAUGUUGUGUCUGAUUGUUCAUGGAUGUAUUUGGAUACGACGUAGCCUUUGCUGCCACAGGGUGGAAGCCUUCUAGAACGUGGCGUGAUUGAUCGGUUGGAAAUAAAGCAAGUGAGUCGACUGACACAGUGAUUGACACAGUGAAGGAAACAGGUUCGAUAGCGGUCAACAAGUUAAUCAGACAACGAGACAAGAGAUUUACCGACGCUUGGAAGCCAUGGGUUCCUCAUCAACAAAAUACGAACGGGAAAAAACAGGAUUCCAGCCAGAUUUGGAGAGGUCACCAUCUUACUUUCGCUCGAUUGAACAUGGACAUUCAACGUGGGCUGGAAACAAUUGGUCCUCGUUGAGUCGCCUUGACAAUGCAUUGUCCACAGUCAGGGUUUGUCCGAAAAAUGCGGAAAGUCUUCGGCGCAUUUUACAAGACAGGUAUUUUAGUGAUUGGGGCGAAGCAUGCGAUGUGAAGGAAUACAAUGGGUUCACGUUGACAGAACUGCCUACGCUGGUUGAUAAGAUUGGUGAUGUGUUUGGCGACAAGAAACAGGAAAUACAACGGAAGCUGGGACAAAUACAGUUUUGUGAAUACUUGGAUGUUAAAGUGUUCGAGUUUACAUUUGGGGAGGAUCUUAGCUCGGGCGAAAUUCAGUUUGGAAUGAUUGCAAUUUCAAAAUCCGGCAUCCAGCUAGAAGCCGUGUCCUGCCUAUAUCAGCUUAAUUUCACCCUCGCACCAGUCAAGGUUACCAAGGAGACCAAAAGCUAUUUCCUAGGGUUUGAGAUUGGAUCAAGCACGACCACAUGGCAGGAAGGGACGCGACUUGAACUUGUUACACAGAAAGAACUGUUAAACUUUUGUAGGUACAAAGCGUUGAAGGAAUUUCAGAACAGACACUUGGCUACAAGAAUAAAUUGUGUCCCUUCUAUUGAGUACGUAUGAAGAGAAAAUGAAUUCACGAUGCUUCAAUAUAAAGGGCUGUUAAAAAAUGCCAUGUUGUAGAAUUUGUUCUAUGCGGCAUAAGACACAGUUUCGCAAAUCACAUACAUAUCAUCUUUGUUUGUUCAAAUCGUAGACAAGACUUGAAAUCAUUUUAAAGAUAAAACCUCAAUAUGACUUUUCACUUCAUUUCGAUUACCUAAGUGUACGAUUUGCAGAGCGAGAAUGUACGCACAAAUUAAUAUAUAUAUUAUAUGAAAUCGCCACAUAUACAUAUAUACGCUGCAGCUUGAUCACAACCAACAUUUAGAGUUAUGCUUAUGUAUCAAUUCAAUGGCAUGAAUGUGUUCAAUUAUAAUUUCCUUAAUAAAG